GCAAACCUUUCAACCACCGCGACGUUGUUAGUCGCACUAGUGGAGGACCGUCUGACAACGAUUUAUCACACACCAGACCCAGCAGUAGCUGCAGAGAUUGCGUUUGCAGUUCAGCUGGAACGACUACGAGUCGUGGAGGCAUUGGCAGCCCGUGACAAUGUGGUGGUACGUCUCGAGGACGCGUAUACUUCAGUUAGGCAGAAAUCAGCUAUCGUAUCUCGCUUGGAACGACAACUCGAGAUUUUCAGGCGGUCGUGGACCCCUUCGUCUUCAUGUAAGUAAAUCAGAACGCACGGCAGGCGUCAAUGUUGCGAUUCUUUCACCGCUGCCACGUCGAGAAGGGCAUUAGUUUUGAAGCACAUGUGAAAAAAAGGCAACCAGCAGUUUCUUCGAAUGUCGAUGGCUCUCGGCAUCGAGCAUUUGGCGAUGCUAUCAGUGAUCGACUAUGUUCUCUGUUAGGUGCGUCGGGAUUCACCGUUCUGCUGGGUACGAAUUGCGACACCAUCCAAAACUACAAUGUCGCACUGCGGGUACCUCGCGGUCGUCGAACAAGUCUGUUCCAAUUGUAGAUAACGAUUCCAACGAAGAG